GCCCAUCUACCGUUUCGAGCAGACGGUGCCCUGGGACAAGUUGCUGGAGCUGAGGGCCGAGGCGUUGCAGGUCAUGGUCGACGAGGGGCUCGACGAGAUCCCGCGCGCGAGAGGUCCUGCUCCUCCUCUGCCGCAGCCUGUUGACGGUCAGGCUGACCUUGCCGCCGCCCCCGAGAGCGACGAGGCCUGGGUCGCGUCGGAGCCUGUCUUCGACGGGGACCAGGAGGUGGCAUGGAUCGGCACUCAGGUCGCUGAGGAGUCCGUGGCGCGCAGGCUCGGGAACCGCGGCUUCGCCAAGUUCGGCUCGGUCGUCGCGGCGCUCGAGCGAAUCAAGGUGAACGACCUCGACGGCUACUUCUCGGGCCGCAAGACCCUGCUCCUGGUGGGCCUGGGUGGCACUCACACGCCUGACGAGCGUGAUGGGGGCCCUGGCUCGCCCACAGGGCUCCAGGCCCUGCGGGGGGCUCUCGUGGGCCCGCAGCUUCUUGGCGCGGGUGAGGAGCCUGACUUGAAGGCGGACGAGCAUGUUCGCACGCUUUCGGCGAGGUUCAAUGCUUUCAACCGUAGGGAGCGCGUCUGGGUGGACUCGGUCAAGGAAAUGGUCGAGGACGCCUUCUCGGACUGGCCCUUGGAUGGUCCUCGCACGUUCCUGUGGCUGGUGAUGUCGUUUGCACAGCUGGCGACGGUGCCCACGUUCUGGCUAGAGCGCCAUCUCCAGACGGCGGGCUGGAGCGAGAAGGAUCGUUGGGGCGGAGAUGGCAGGCUAUACUUGAGGCUCAUGAUGAACCCGAACUACGAGAUUGAUGAUAAGUUCUCGGGCUACAACCGCCGACAACAGCUUGCGGCGCCUGCGCUUCGCACCUACGUGGCCGAGGAGGUGCGAGAGGAGGCGGAGAUCGACAAACAGACUAGCAAGGCCAAGGCUCUGAGGGACGAGGCCAAGGUCGCCCUCAAGCGCGGGAAGUCCGCAGGGAAGGGCAAGGAGAAG